GGAAGGCAGCAUUUGGGCAAAAAAUACCAAAACAAUCGCUCUCCGUUUUCGGAUCGCCAUCUGUUCAUAAUAAAGCAUCCUAAACCAGCGAUAUCAUGACUACCCUUCGACCGUUCACCUGCAACGAUAUGUUCCGCUUCAACAAAGUCAACCUGGAUCCGCUCACGGAAACCUACUACCUUUCGUUCUACAUGCAAUACCUCGCACACUGGCCCGAGUACUUCCAGGUGGCCGAGUCGCCUACCGGAGAAAUUAUGGGCUACAUCAUGGGAAAGGCCGAGGGCCAGGGCGAGUACUGGCACGCGCAUGUAACGGCGCUCACCGUUUCACCCGACUACCGACGGCUUGGGCUGGCAGCCACGUUGAUGAAUUUCCUCGAGGACAUUAGCGAAAAAAAACGCUGCUAUUUCGUCGAUUUGUUCGUGAGGGUCAGCAACAAGGUCGCGAUCGAUAUGUACACCAAACUCGGGUACAUCGUUUAUCGGAUAGUGCUGGAGUAUUAUGUCGGGGAGCCGGACGAAGAUGCGUACGAUAUGCGGAAAGCUUGUUCACGUGACGUCCACCGCAGGUCGGUUAUACCUCUAGAACACCCGGUGCGGCCCGAGGAAGCCGAUAGUAUGUGAGCGUAAAACCGUUGAUCUAAUAA